GAGAACAUUAACAUUAAUCGUUUGUCCACGAGCGGUUUGAAUAACUACAACGCUAUGAUGACGACCGAGCGUCCGUUGGCACCGAUCAGUAGUAGCUCGCAAAUCGUCGACUACGGUAGUACAACGACUGCAGGAGCGCCAGAAUCGGAAUCAAAGCGGGAAACUAUACAAGCAGAGCUUUUUCAACGAUUUCCGUCCUUUGUGCGUGCGAGGGAGCCCCAACGCUAUACCAGAAUCACGAUGGAUUCGGUGUACAAAAGCGAUUCGCGACAGAAACUGCUGCGUCUGGAGUUCUUUUUAAAUGUGAUAAAUCAGAUAUGCAUUGGCUUUGUUACAAUAUAUAUGUCUUGGCUGACGUUGCGCACAGGCUUGGAGGGAACCGGUCUGCAUGCAUGGCUUGUCACCAUUGGGUUUUCAUUUUUUAUGGCCCAAGGCGUUAUGGUGCACUAUAAUGGAAAUGUGCUCACGAAUCAUUACAAACGCACCACAAAGACUACUAUACAUUGGAUACUACUGACCCUGGGCGGUGGUUGCGGAGCCGCCGGAGCAUUAAUUAAAAUGAUACAGAAAGGCUUUCUGCUACAAAGCACACAUGGUAAAUUAGGCCUUACCGCUUUUAUACUCUGCCUUUUGGCCAUGCUAUCCGGCCUUAGUGCUUUAUUUUCAUCUAGUAUAAAGAAAUUAAUUUCGCCUCUCCUGAAUAAAACGUUCCACAAUUUUAUUGGAUUUUCCUGCUUCGUUAUCGCCCUGACGACACAAUAUUAUGGCUAUCAGACGGGUUAUUUUAAAAACAGGAGUGUGGUAGACUUUCAAAUUUUGAUGAAAUGUCUAACGCUGAUCUCAUUGGUACUCACAAGCUAUGGUCCGAUGAAGGCGCUAUAUCAUAAACUCAAGAAUAUAGCGCGAAAUUUUAAUUAACGGAGCUCAACAAAUCUCUAACGUAAAUAAACUUAUUUUUAUAUAAUAAGAUACCUCCGCUUUUCUUUCUAAAUACCCAAAGAGCAAAAGGGUAUCAAUUUCUUUAUUAGCAUGACCUGAUGAGCCGACAUGGUCGUGCUCAACUAUCUAUAGAUGUACAUAUGUAUCUAUGUCUAAGUUAAUUUAUUUAUUUUAAUAUAUUGUAUGCAUUUGCAAAUGUUACAAGUAUUUGUAAUCUGACGAA